AUGAAUAACGACAGCCAUGAAUACCAAGUGAUGACAAGUGGAACACAAAUACCUUCAAAAAAAUAUAAAGAAAUAAUUAAAAUGGAAACUGGAAAUAAAAUUGACGAUUGUCGAUGCUACGGUAAUCCAUCCAAGAAGAUUUCUGAAUCCAAAGCUACGCGUCCUACUCCUUGUUGUCCCUGCCCAUGUCCCGCUGAAAAAUGCAAAGUUACUUUACAAACUGUUCAAAAGUUAGUCGAAGCUGAAAACAAAGAUAUUGAACUGUCUGAAGUCUUAGGUGGCAUCACGAUACUGGAUGAACGAAGACCGAAAAAGAAAAUAAUCGACAUGUAUGACGCCACGUCCAAAGAAAACCGAGAAGAGACCGAAAACAACGUAGAUCCGCAGUACUUAGCGUAUAUAAUGAGAUCAAUAGAGAACGGAUUAAGCAUGAACACUGAUCCGAUCAAAGUAUAUGAACACCUGUUUUCCAAAGGUAGCCUCGAGGCUCCUCUCGUAGCACUCGGUCCUACAGCAGCCAUAUCAACUGAAGAUAUGGUCGUACCUCAUUCACCUCCGACCAUCAUCAAUGUGAAGGAUCCGGAAAUGGAAAUAGGCUCACGCCUGGACACUAUUGUUCCCAAGCUGAACGUUGCCGUGGCAGAAGCGGUGGCUAUAGAUAAUGUUGACGAUCUGCAGGUAUUGCUUGGUGGAAGUUUUCCCGACAAACAAACGUCUACGACCGAAGACCAAGAGGCGCCUCGCAACUUGUUGUUGGAAACUAGAGAACCUCAUCAAUCAGCGGCUGUACUUAGAGGGUCUACGCCUCCCACUUGGUUCCCGGGAUACAACGUGGCUCUACCGAACACUGCGCACCCGGCAUUGGAAACCGAUCCAGAGACUGUUCUAGACGAAGCUUGGUUUCACAGUCAGCCUCUGUCAUUAAAAUUAGAAGAGAAAGGUGCCAAGCUCAUUGGGUCUUAG